AUGGGGGACUCACCGACGCCGUGGGACCACAUCAACCGGUUCUACCACACAACACGCAAGCCCAUUCAGCUGCUCGUCGCGUACCACGCCGAUGCUGCCGCGGCGUCGCUGACGCUGACGGCGCUGUUAAAGGCCUGCUUCAUCCCCUUCAACCUGCACCCUAUCGCCGAGUACGCCGAAGCAAAGAGUGUGAUUCAGCGCACGAGCCUGGCGCAAGACGCGGAGCNGCUCGGCGACGAGCCACCAGUGGACGAGCUGUUCGUUCUCCUCGGCCUCGGCGCGCCCGUCUCGCUGCGAUCCUUCUUCGACCUCCAGCGGCACAUUGUUAUCGUGCUCGACUCAUACCGACCGUUUCUCCUCGACAACCUCCGCGCGGACGACGACGCGCGGCUGGUGGUGUGGGGACGCGAGCGCGUCCAUGAAGAGGUGGAGCAGUUCUUCCGUGAACAGCGGCAGCGAGAGGCGGCGCGUGCACGGCGGCGGCGGCGCCGACGCGCACGCACGAAUCAACAGCGCCAGCGCGCCUACGAAACGGCUGACGCAGCGGCAAGUGAGGGCAGCGACCUUGACAGCAGUAGUAGUGAUGAUGAUGAUGACGACUACGACGAAAAUGACGAGAUGACGCCCUCGCAGAGUCAGGAGCGGCUCGACUGGCUGAACGAGGAUGUGCCGGCACAUCUAGAGGAAUUGUACUACGCUGCGGAGUGUGCGGGGAAGAGCUGCGCACUGGAGGCAUACGACUUAGCGACGCUCCUCAACCGCGUCAAGGAGCCAGUGCUGUGGCACGCCGCUGUGGGAGUCUGUGAUCUGUUCACACGUCGUCUCAUCGAUUAUGGGACGUAUCUUGUAGAAAUGCGCCGGCUGCACAAUGAAGUGGCGCUGCGAAAAGGCAUCCGCCGUGGGCCACUAGAUGAUGUGACGGAGGAAACGGUGAAUAAAUACCACAAAAUAACAUCUAGCAAUACAAUGCAGCUUCUCAACUUUGAUGAGGACCAGCUGUUCCUGCUGCGCCACUUCUCGCUAUGGGAUGCGAUGUGGUACCACCCGGUGGUCGCGAGCAUUCUCGGCUUGCACCAUGUGGAGGAUGGCGUAGGUACACUCCGGCAGCUCCUCGCACGCUGCGGGGUCUCGGCAAAACUGGCGCAGCAGCCGUGGCGUGAGGUCCCCGAUGACGACAAGGCCGAGGCGAAGCGGCUCUUGCACCAUGAGCUCAAACAGCUACUGCGAACACGCGGGAGCUUCGUUAAGAGUCCCUCGCAGAUUCGGUGUGUGGCGCGCACCGUCGGGUACAGCGUCGAAGUGUCGACCUUCGACGUCUGCACGCUCUUCACGGCGCUGCUCGCGAAGGUGCCCCCAGCCGCUCCACACACGGCAGAGCAAAGCGAGGCGUCCGCGCAGGAGAAGCUGCGCGAGUUCCGGCGGGAACAGUUCUGGUGCGCGCACGACAUCGUCGACGCAGACCCUAACUCGAAGGCAUUCGCCGCGGCGGUGCAGGAGGCGCACUCACUGCAGGAGGCAGUGGCGGCCGCCACCAGCGCCCUGAUGCAGCCGGGCAUGAUUCAGAGCACCAAGGGGAUCCACUAUGCGCAGCCAAGUGACGCGACGAACACCUCCACCGCGCUGGAGACGUUCAGUUCUCCGCUUCGCCUCGCCGCGUUGGCGGAGCGGCUGCUGUACACGCUGACUGUUGAGCGCGGACUGGGGAAGUACACGCGUGAUGUCCGCCCGGUGAUGCUAUGCUGCCCGAUUCCCCACUCUGGCGCGUUGACUACACAACAGGAGGAGCAGCAACGACAGUUGAUGCAGGCGGAGGAAACAUUUGUUGUUUUAUUUGCCCACGAGGGGCCCACAACUGCUGGAUUGGCACCGGUAUUGCCCGUUGCUCGAUGGAACGACUGCGUGACGAACACAGAGGACUUUCUUGUGCCCCCGUUGCGGGACUAUGUGAGACGUGACACGGUUGUCGUGGAGGGGCGCGAGUCUACCGCCCACUUGGCGGAAAUGCUCCACCUCUACUCAUUGGCAGGUGGUCGUUGA